CGGUAUUUUUGCGGAAAUGGCUGCUCCUAGAGGAGAGACAGUCCCCAAGCCCAUCCAACAAGACUGGGUAAACCGCGAAUACAUCGAAGUGAUAACCGUCAGCAUAAAAAAGAUCACCGAUUUCCUCAAUUCUUUCGACUUAUCUUGUCGAUCAAAACUCGCCGUUUUAAACGAAAAGUUGACAACUCUCGAGCGAAAGAUCGACUAUUUGGAAGCUUGUGUCACCAAAGGGGAAACCUUGACAUAAGAUGCUCCUCACUCGCCUCAGCCACCUCCAAAGGCCGCUCAUCCCCCACACGCGCACCCUCUUCCACUGGCUGAACAUCGUCUUCAACCGCGUGGACGACGAACGACGGAAACAA